CCCGCCCUCACUCCGUUUGCGCCUGCGCCGAGCCCGGCCGCCGGAGACUCGCUAUUCACUAAGGGCUUGUGCGCCGGCGGGGUGGCGCGAGCGAGCCGCGCUUCCGCCGAGGCUUACGCGGCUGGAGUAGGGGCGUCGCUCCGAGCCCAGUGCCUGGGUGGUGUGUGCGGGGGGAGGGGGAGCGGAGGCUUAAAGGGACAAGAGCGGCGGAGGCCGGAGGGAGGCUCCAUGGCGAGGCUGGCGGGGGGCAGGGGGCCCGGCCCCCGCCCCUGAGGCGCGGCAGGAGCUCGGUGCCAAAGGAUCUAAGCUGGAAAGACACUCCCCGCAGAAUGUUGUCUUCGCCAAAGAACGGCCUGAAGCAGGCGACCAUGAGAAUCCCGGGAGGACCCUCGAAAGCACUGACAUUUCAGUAGCCCAGCGCCUGCGGGUGGCACUUACCCCGGAGCCCCUGCCCUGCCCCUUGGACCGUGAUGGUGUAUUAAUCAAGAGCCUUGCUGCUACCUGUCUCCUCCCCCCUCGACUUUCGGUGGCUUUGGGAUUUGUAUGGCAGUGGCGUAACCGUGGAGAGGCCAGGGUAUCACAAACUUAUGGAUUUUGAUAAGAGAGGAGGGAAAGGGGAGACGGAGGAAGGCAAAAGAAUGUCCAAGGCAGGCGGAGGAAGGAGCAGCCAUGGGAGCCGAAGCGCAGGGACCAACUCUGGAGUCUUAAUGGUGGGCCCCAACUUCCGGGUCGGGAAGAAGAUCGGAUGUGGCAAUUUUGGGGAGCUCCGUCUAGGAAAGAAUCUCUACACAAAUGAAUAUGUAGCUAUAAAAUUGGAACCCAUAAAAUCACGGGCCCCGCAGCUGCAUCUGGAGUACAGGUUCUACAAGCAGCUCGGAAAUGCAGAAGGAAUUCCUCAGGUUUACUACUUCGGCCCCUGCGGGAAGUACAAUGCCAUGGUGCUUGAGCUCCUGGGCCCCAGCCUGGAAGACCUAUUUGACCUGUGCGACCGGACCUUCACGCUCAAAACCGUCCUGAUGAUAGCGAUCCAGUUGAUCACACGGAUGGAAUACGUUCACACCAAAAGCCUCAUCUACAGAGACGUCAAACCAGAGAACUUCCUGGUGGGGCGGCCAGGGAGCAAGCGGCAGCACACCAUCCACAUCAUUGAUUUUGGCCUGGCCAAAGAGUACAUCGACCCUGAGACCAAAAAACACAUCCCUUACCGCGAGCACAAGAGCCUGACAGGGACCGCACGAUACAUGAGCAUCAACACACACCUCGGGAAAGAACAAAGCCGCAGGGAUGAUCUGGAAGCACUAGGGCACAUGUUUAUGUACUUCCUCCGAGGGAGCCUCCCUUGGCAAGGGCUCAAGGCUGACACGUUAAAGGAACGGUAUCAGAAAAUCGGAGACACCAAAAGAGCCACGCCUGUCGAAGUCCUGUGUGAAAACUUCCCAGAGGAGAUGGCCACCUACUUGCGCUAUGUACGGCGGCUGGAUUUCUUUGAGAAGCCUGACUACGAUUACCUGCGGAAGCUCUUCACGGACCUCUUUGACCGCAAUGGCUACGUCUUCGACUAUGAAUACGACUGGGCUGGGAAGCCACUACCAACUCCCAUCGGCACAAUCCACAGUGACGUCCAGGUGCAGCCCCCGAACAGAGACAAAGCACAGCCACACACCAAGCACCAGCUUUGCUCUCCUGCUGCUGUCAGCUGCCUGCAGGCACUGACUCUCCCCGCUCCUUUCCAGGUGAUGAGCUCCACUAACGGUGAGUUGAACACGGACGACCCGACCGCAGGACAUUCAAAUGCCCCCAUCACGGCGCCUGCUGAGGUGGAGGUAGCAGACGACACAAAAUGCUGCUGUUUCUUCAAGAGAAGGAAGAGGAAAACCAUCCAGCGCCACAAGUGAUCUGCCCGGGCCGGCACAGAUCAGUGCGUGCAGCGUCUCCUCCAGCUCCGGCCAUGGAUGGAUCUGGGUUCGGAUCCGCUCUGCAAACAGCCUUUUCCCACCUCGAUGCCGACAGGAGAGGGGGAAGGGCCGUCAUGACUUCACCACCCGGCGCCACGCACGGGAGCGGGGAGGGGGCUGUUCCCAAACUGCUUUUCUUUUCCUCCUUGGCCGCCGUCUCAGCACGGGGCCGGCGGCUGGAGCCCAGUCGGACGUUGCCGAAGCCCCCGCGUCUGUCAGGCGCACAGCCCACGGAGAGCAUGAAACAAUCGGAAUAGGACGCCCAAUCCCGGCACGUGCCCGUGCCGUCACCGUCUUUGGAUUCAAUGAACUAGUUGGAAAACGGGGAUCAACUUCACAGACUCUGCAGUGGUGCCGUCUUAGAAGAAGCUGAAGACAAUUGCCAGAGCGGUGGGUCACGGAGAAAUCCUUUCUGUUGCUUCUUUGUCUCUUAAGUUAAUUUAAAGUGAGUCUCGGUGCGGA